AUGGCAGCACCUCAAGUAAUUGUGGUCGGCGGUGGCUUGUCCGGUCUCAGCGCCGCUCACACCGUCUAUCUCAACGGUGGCAACGUCCUGGUCCUGGACAAGCAGGCCUUCUUCGGUGGCAACUCCACCAAGGCCACCUCCGGUAUUAACGGUGCCCUCACCCGCACCCAGGUGGACCUCGGCAUUGCCGACAGUGUCAAGACCUUCUACGAGGACACCCUCAAGUCUGCCCGUGACAAGGCUCGCCCCGACCUGAUCAAGGUCCUGACCUACAAGUCCGCCGCCGCCGUCGAGUGGCUGCAGGAUGUCUUCAACCUCGACCUCACUCUUGUCUCGCGUCUGGGCGGCCACUCCCAGCCUCGCACGCACCGUGGUCACGAUGCCAAGUUCCCCGGCAUGGCCAUCACCUACGCCCUCAUGCAGCGCCUCGAGGAGAUCUCCCAGGCCGAGCCCGGGCGCGUCCAGAUCAUCAAGAAGGCCGAGGUCUGCUCCAUCAACAAGAGCGGCAACCUGGUGACGGGUGUCACCUACAAGCACAACAACGAGACCAAGUCCGCCGACGGUGUGGUCGUUCUGGCCACUGGUGGCUACGCCGCUGACUUUGGCGACACCUCGCUGCUCAAGCAACACCGCCCGGACACCUUCGGCCUGUCCAGCACCAACGGCACCCACGCCACCGGUGACGGCCAGAAGAUGCUCAUGGCGAUCGGUGCCAACGGGAUCGACAUGGACAAGGUCCAGGUCCACCCGACGGGUCUGGUUGACCCCAAGGAUCCCACCGCCAAGUUCAAGUUCCUGGCAGCCGAGGCCCUCCGUGGUGAGGGUGGUCUGUUGCUCAACUCGGACGGCGAUCGGUUCUCCGACGAACUGGGUCACCGUGACUACGUGUCCGGUCAGAUGUGGAAGGAGAAGGAGAAGGGCAAGUGGCCCAUCCGCCUGGUGCUCAACAGCAAGGCCUCCAAUGUCCUGGACUUCCACACCCGUCACUACUCGGGCCGUGGUCUGAUGAAGAAGAUGACCGGCAAGGAGCUGGCCAAGGAGAUUGGCUGCGGCGAGGCUGCCCUCAAGAAGACCUUUGAUGAGUACAACCUCAUUGCCGAUGGCAAGAAGAAGGACCCCUGGAACAAGCGCUUCUUCCACAACCUGCCCUUCAGCAUUGACGACGAUUUCCACGUCGCGCUGAUGGAGCCCGUCCUGCACUUCACCAUGGGUGGUAUCGAGAUCAACGAGCACGCCCAGGUUCUCAACUCCGAGCACAAGCCCUUCGAAGGUCUGUAUGCCUGCGGUGAGCUGGCCGGUGGUGUCCACGGCGCCAACCGUCUGGGUGGUUCCUCGCUGCUGGGCUGCGUCGUAUACGGCCGUGUCGCCGGUGACAGUGCCUGCGAGCACCUCUUCCAGAAGCUGAUCAACAACGGCUCCUCUGCCGCCCAGCAGCGUCUUGGCCAGGUCUCUCUGCACAUCGACCCCUCCACUCCCGGCAAGAUCUCGGUUGAGUGGACCGGUGCCUCCGCCGGUGGCAGCCUGCCCACCCUAGCCGCUGCUCCUGCUGCCGCUGCUGCUGCCGAGGAGCCCGCCGCCCAGGCGAACUCCGACCCCGCCAACUUCAAGGUCCCCGAGAAGGAGUUUACCAUGGAGGAGGUCGCCAAGCACAACAAGAAGGACGACCUCUGGAUCGUCGUCAAGGGCUGCGUCCUGGACGUGACCAACUGGCUGGACGAGCACCCGGGCGGUGCCAACGCCUUGUUCAAUUUCAUGGGCCGGGAUGCUACUGAGGAAUUCGCCAUGCUCCACGACGACGAGGUCAUCCCCAAGUACGCCGGCCACAUCGUCAUCGGCCGCGUCAAGGGCCAGACCCCCAGCCUGGACCUGUAG